ACUUUUUUCUUUAUCAAUCUUUCAAUAUGCAACAACAACAACAAGGUGAACACUUAUCUAGAGAAUGGGCUCUUUUGAAGGAUCCCGUGCUUCACACUGAAAGAUUGGACGCCAUUCGUUCCAAGAAGGGUUACAUUAUUGAUAUGGAUGGUGUCAUUUAUCACGGUGCCAAUUUGCUUCCUGGUGCUAAAGAAUUGGUCCAAUUCCUUCAAGAUAACAACAAGAAGUACCUCUUCUUGACCAACAACUCUGCUCCUACUCCUCAAGAAUUGCAACAGAAAUUACAUAGACUCGGUAUUGAUGUAGGUGCUGAACACUUCUUCACUUGUGGUCAAGCUACUGCCUUAUUCUUGGAAUCUCAAAUGCCUGGUGGUGGUACUUGUUAUGUGAUUGGUGAACCCGGUCUCGCUUAUGCUCUUUACGAAAAGGGUUUCUACAUGAAUGACCACAACCCUGAUUACGUCGUUUUGGGUGAAACCGCUGCUAUUAACUUUGAAAAAAUUACCAAGGCUGUUCAACUUGUUCAACAAGGUGCCAAGUUGAUUGCUACCAACUUGGAUGUUGAAACCCUUGAUUCUCAAGGUCGUAAGAUUCCCUCUACUGGUGCUUUUGCUGCUUCCAUUGAAUUGGUUACCAAGACUCAAGCCUUCUACUGUGGUAAGCCCUCUGCUUUGAUCAUGCGUUAUGCUCAACGUGUUCUUGGUCUCUCUCGUUUGGAGACCUGUAUUAUUGGUGACCGUAUGGAUACAGAUAUCGUUGCUGGUAUUACCUCUGAAAUUGAUCCUGUUCUUGUUCUUUCCGGUGUCACUGCCAUGGAAGACUUGAAGGAAUUCGCCUAUGGUCCUUACCUUAUCUUGGGUGGUGUGUAUGAAAUUCCUAGUGAUGACUCAAGUCAUCGUGUAACUGAUGAAGAGCUCGAAGAAGCUAGUAGAAGAGCUUCACUAUUGUAAAUACAAUCAAAAUCCUCUUUUUGACCAAUCAAAUUAAAUUAAAUAAAAAUACUUGUGAAUACAUCUUUUUUUUAAAAAA